UACGCUUUGCGGUAACACCUAUCAUCCGGGCACUCCUGAGAAGGACGAGAAGGUCGACAACAUGAUGCGACUACGACCCGUCAGCCUGACCAUCAGGGCAGGAGCCAAUGCAGCAAGAGUUCUUUUGGCCAGUAACCAAAAAUGUGUGGUGGAACAGAAAGCUGGUAUCGGUAACGUUAACUACGGUAGGGUGGGUCAUCGCAGAGUAAACCACUUACGUGCUCCCAUACCAACUAUAGAAGAAAGAGUCGCUGUGUGGAAGGAAGUCAGUGACAUAUUCUAUGGUCCAGACAGAGACCUCAAAAACUUUCCUGCGUUCAAACAGGAGGUGGAUCCACCCAAACUUCGACACAUUGUUUUCCCGGAGACAUUCUUCGAGACCCUGUACAACAAAACAGGAAUCAUGGGUCCAUACGUCCUGAUGCUGGGAACUCCUGCUUUUCUCUUUUCUCAUGAAUAUAUAAAGCCCGACUAUGAAUGGGGAGUUGCUGUUUUUGUUUUUGGAGGCGCUCACCUCAUAGCAAAGGGUACAAAAAUGGCAGAUUUACUAAAAAAAGUUGUCACUGAAAAGCGUGAGGUCAUGGAGUCUUUCUGGUACAAGCCAAUUACAGACUUUGUACAAGAAACAAACGACAAUAUUGAGAAUAGGAAAACAAUGAUGUACCAGCAGGAGGCGCUGGAAUAUAUGUACGAGGUUAAAAAGGAGAAUGUAGGCUUGCAGCUGGAAAUAGAAUACAGGCAGAGACUCAAGUCAUUGUAUGAAGAGGCCAAGAGGAAACUGGACUACCAGGUAUCCAUUGCAAACUCCAAGAAAAGCUUUGAGCAGGGACACAUGGCCAAAUGGAUCACAAAAUCUGUAUACAGCAACAUCACCCCACAACUGGAGAAACAGGUGAUGGACAGUUGUUUGGCCAAUCUUCGUGAGUUGGCAAAAACCAACACAGCUACGUAGAUGGAGGGAGACCAUAACCCUGUAUUUGGUAGUUGAAGAACAUCUCCGUGACAGUGACGUGAUGAAAAACUGUGUCAGAAUUCUGUUAUGGAAUUACGAUAGAGAGAAAAAAAGAUGAAACUGAGUGAAAAAUACUUGUCUGUGUUGACAAUGAAUCAGUGCUGUGGUGUUAUCCAUAUUUAGAAGGUCAAUUUUGAAAUUAAAAUUAUUGUAAAAAAAGA